UUACUUGCACUGGGGAAUAAUUUACUGGCUCUGGACAAUGGUCCUUCAUUGAGCUCGCGUUUACAAGUUUACACAACGUGUAAGGCGCGAAGUCUAAUUCCUGUGCACGUGUGCGAGACUAGUCCUGCAGGUCUCACAGCAAACCUUCAGAAGUCACCUACUAGAUGGUUGAGCAGCUGGGGUUACUGUCGUCAUGGUGAAAUGUUUCGAAAGGGCAAAACGCGUCACAGCAGCAGUAGCUCCCAAAGCAGUGAGAUCAGUACCAAGAGUAAGUCUGUAGACUCCAGCUUAGGAGGUCUUUCCAGAUCUAGCACUGUUGCAAGUCUUGACACAGACUCUACCAAAAGCUCAGCAGGCAACAGUGCCACCGAGACCUGUGCGGAGUUCAGAGUUAAGUAUGUGGGAGCGAUUGAGAAGCUGCACUUUGACAUGAGUAAAACUCUACAGGAACCUCUGGACCUCAUCAAUUACAUUGAUGCUGCUCAGCAAGAUGGAAAGCUGCCAUUUGUUCCUGGAGGUGAGGAGAUGGUCUUAGGUGUGUCCAAGUAUGGAGUCAAGGUGGCCUCACUGGAUCAGUGUGACGUGCUGCACCGACACCCACUCUACCUGAUAGUGCGGAUGCUGUGCUAUGAUGACGGCCUGGGAGCGGGCAAGAACCUGCUGGCACUGAAGACCACCGAUGCCAAGCAGCAGGAGUGCAGCAUCUGGGUGUACCAGUGCAGCAGUGCGGAGCAAGCACAGGCCAUUUGCAAGGUGCUGUCUGCAUCUUUUGACUGUGUGCUGACCUCCGAGAAGUCCUGAGGCCUGUCCACAGGGAUUUGUGCACCAUGCAAGACCAUUGACCCUUGAACUUUGCACGUCUGUGGAAAAAGCCAGUUGGCACGAGUGAGCCCUGGCCCCGAAUGUUUACCAAGUUAACAAAGUCCCCCCGUUUCACUUAACCCUGCAUGCUGUGACCCAACACUGCCUGACCACCACCAGCAGGUUAUAUGAUUGCAGCGUAACUUAAUCUAUUUAAUGUAAAUAUGCCUCAAACCUCAAGCGUGCGAUUGCUACCUGGGCAGAAAGGGCUAUGGCUGUGAUGACCAGUGGCAGAAUCGCGUGGUACAUCGCAAGGUCACUACGACAAAGCGAAGCACAAGGACUCUGUCACCACAGAUGCUGUAAAUCCAUCUCCUCUCCCCCUUCCCUUAGCACGGUGGAAAAUCACCGCCACCACACCCCAGUGUUCGAACCCCAACCUUCCCCAGGUUUGUGAUCCAGGUGGGAUUGGAUCAGUGAUACGGUACAAUAAAACGAAUGGAAUUUUAA